CAUUUUCCUCCCUUGUCUUGGUGACUUUUCUUCCACUACCUAGGUACUUUUGUUUUUUUGUCAUCUCAGUCAUUGAACUAUUGACUGACGUGAGAAUGGAAUCUCUAGUUUCGAUUUUGCUCAUUUCCUGUUUCUUUCCCCCUCCCUUGUCUUGGCGACUUUUCUUCGACACCCUUUAUUCUUUCUUAGGCGCGUUUCACAUUCUUCCAGGAUAUCAUCCAUUAUUGCUAUGUCUUGGUGACUUUUCUUCCACUACCUAGGUACUUUUGUUUUUUUGUCAUCUGUCAUUGAACUAUUGACUGACGUGAGAAUGGAAUCUCUAGUUUCGAUUUUGCUCAUUUCCUGGUUCUUUCCCCCUCCCUUGUCUUGGCGACUUUUCUUCGACAUCCUUUAUUCUUACUUAGGCGCGUUUCACAUUCUUCCAGGAUAUCAUCCAUUAUUGCUAUUUAAGAAACAAAAACCUUUUCUUUGUAAAUAUCACUUCUGUUAGAGCUCAUAAAGCAAGCAAGCAAGGGUUUUCAAACUAUGGCUAUAGAUUUGCAGAACAAGCCAGAGCAAACUGAAUAUUUAGAUUCUCAUACCAAGCCACGGUUCAGUGUUGGUCUGGAACUAGCAACUUUGAUUACUUCCUGCGGGAUCCUUGACAGGGCUUGGCAAGGGAUAUAUAAUGUUUCCAAAAAUAAUGUAGACUUUUUUUCUCAGACUGAAAUUGAAGGUGUAGCAUAUGUGACCUUCCCUUCAUUUUCUACAAAAGAUUUCAUUGCCACAGAUAGUAGAUAUGGAGAAUACAAUAUCCAGAAAGAGGAAAUCUUCUCUCCCUGCCUCAGGGGUGAUGCUGAUAAGCCGGCCUUUGUUCACAAGGGGGCUUUCGACCGAUUCCAGCGUAUUCUGGAAAGUUCAGAUUUCAAAGACAAGAUAGAAGGUUUAAAGUCACAAGCCAUUAUAUUUGUGGGCCAUUCCAUGGGAGGUGCAGUUGCAACCCUGGUCACUCUCUGGUAUCUACAAAAUAAGGCGAGGCACAAGUCUUCUUGUUUCUGCAUCACAUUUGGUUCUCCUUUGGUCGGAAAUGCUAUACUUGGGGAGGCAACUGGGCGUGAAGGUUGGACGGGAAAAUUUUGUCAUGUUGUCUCCAAGUAUGAUAUUGUUCCUAGGAUGCUCCUUGCACCAUUUGAAUCAAUCGCCGAGCCUUUAAGCGCACUUGUGCAUCAUUGGAGGAGAAUAAUGGCCAGUGACUCUGAUGCUGUGACACUUCCUUGUAUACCACUCAGUCUUCUUGAAGUAGUCCUAAAUUGCACAUCUACUAUAGCAAAUAAUUAUCCAGGAGAGUCUGGUGUUACAAGCCCGUAUAGACCCUUUGGUACUUAUAUGCUUUGUUCAACCCAAGGUGCGGUUAGUGUUGAAGACUCUGAAGCUGCCCUGAAGAUGCUGUAUUUUACCAUGCAAGGAAUGCAUUCUUGUCAGCUUGCAGGAACCUGUGCUUUAUAUCACACAGGUUAUCGCCAAAUUUUGGAAGCUAUUACCAAAGACUUGCUAAACGUGAGGCCAAUUACAGAUAUUGACAGAGACUCUUUCGAGAUGGGAAUAGUACUGGAAUCGGAAGCAAUGGCUAUUGGACCCCAGGAGAACCCUCAGGCAUCCAGUGCACUCAGAGAAGCUGGAGAGAAGAAAAAUAAGCAAGAUAUGAACAUUGAGAAACUAAAUAACGAGUUGAGUGAAAUGCAAAGUUACAUGGCAGAGGUGGAAUGGUACAAAGCACUUUGUAAGAAGGGCUCUGGCUACUAUGAUUCUUUCAAAAAUGUUUCAGAAAAGCGAGAUAUUCGUGUAAAUCUGCUUCGAGAGAAGUUGACAACAUUCUGGCAGGAUAUUGUUGAAAAGGAGGAGAAGCAUGUAUUACCCAGUGACUUCAGAUGCCAAAAUAAAUGGAUCAAUGCUGGCACCGCAUAUAGAAGACUUGUAGAGCCUCUUGACAUUGCACACUACUAUCAUAUGCGGAAGGAUUCCAAAAAAUAUCUUUCAAAUGAGGUGAGACCCUACCAUCACAGAGUUUUGGAGAAAUGGAUGGAUGAAAAAGAACAAACUCGCACUGGUAGACCUAAGAAGAAUCGCAUAAACUUUGCAUCCUUAACUCUGGACUCCUGUUUUUGGGCUCGUUUAGAGGAAGCUAAUCGAGCUUUGACAAGUCUCCCGCAAGAGCAAGAACAACAUCAAGUCAUGAAUGACUCACUGCGAGAAAGCCGAGAGUUUGAAAAACAUAUAUGCAAUAUGAUCAGAGACAAAAGCAUUUCUGAAGAAGUUUUCUUAAAGGAGAGUAGCUUGAUGAUUUGGUGGGAACAAUACAUUAGCUAUCUGCAAGAUUAUUUCCCACAAUGGAUGUCAGGCUUUCCUACAGAACCUAUCUGCAACUUCAUGAAAAGUGUUUUUGGCUCAUGGGAUUUGGCACAAGGCUUUGGUAAAUUUUGUCUUCUUCCAUUGAUAGCAGCUAUGGAGUCUACAGUUGAAAAUUAUCUGAUGGGUUUUUUUGGCAAAUUGUCAUAUGGGCUCUAUGCAAAACUAAUAUUAUAUGUGUUGUGACUGCAUUUUGUAUGUGGUUUUGGACGGAGUGCAUAAAAUGAUUCGUUAGAUAUUAUAGGUUUAUUUUAUGAGCUGUGACUGGAGGUUUUCUUCCCAGGAUUCUUUCCUCCGGUAUGCUCUU